GGAGCCUGAUGCCACGAACGCUCGACAGCCAGAUCACAGUGGAGAAGACCCCCAGCUACUUCGUCACCAAGGAGGCACCACGGCGAAUCUUCAACAUGUCCCGGGACACGAAGCUGAUCGUGGUGGUGAGGAACCCGGUUACCCGGGCCAUCUCAGACUACACGCAGACUCUCUCCAAGAAGCCGGACAUCCCCACCUUUGAGGGGCUGUCCUUCCGCAACCGCAGCCUGGGGCUGGUGGACACGUCCUGGAACGCCAUCCGCAUCGGGAUGUACGCCGUGCACCUGGAGAGCUGGCUCCAGUACUUCCCCCUCUCCCAGAUCCACUUUGUCAGUGGGGAGAAGCUGAUCACGGACCCAGCUGGGGAGAUGGGCAAAGUUCAGGACUUCCUGGGCAUCAAACGGGUUAUCACAGACAAGCACUUCUACUUCAACAAAACAAAAGGUUUUCCUUGCCUGAAGAAGUCGGAGAGCAGCAGCUUGCCUCGCUGCCUGGGCAAGUCCAAAGGCAGGACUCACGUGCAGAUAGACCCCGAGGUGAUCGAGCAGCUUCGGGACUUUUAUAGACCUUAUAACAUCAAAUUCUAUGAAACCGUUGGGCAGGACUUCAGGUGGGAAUAAGCGUCUGGGAGCAGGGCCGUGGUGACACGAGGCUGCAGUCUUCCAUAAGGGGGGC